CUCAUGAUUACCUGAUCCCCAACCAGUUCUUGUACUUCACUUGAUUCCCCGCACAUCCUCAAUCCACGUGUACCAAGAAAAACCUUCCAACCUCAAAGAUCUCGAAAAAACCCACUCCCCCUCCCCACAAAAACAAAACCAACAAUGUUGCCAACGACUGUGAGUGAGUUGUGGGCAUCUGUGAUCUCUGCCCUGGGCAGCAUCGUGCUUUUGUGGACACUCUAUCCACAAUAUUUUCCUAAAGAGCUUCGACGAUACUUCAAUAAAUAUACAAGCAUAAUCAUCAACUACUUCAAUCCCUACAUAAAUAUUUCGUUCUCUGAGGCCUCAGAAGAUCGGUUCAAGCGUAGCGAUGCCUAUUUAACUGUUGAGACUUACCUCAGCGCCAAAGCUCCCAAGACAGCUAAACGACUCAAAGCAGAGUUGGGUAAAGAUAACAGCAAAGUGGUUUUGAGUCUGGAUGUGCAUCAAACCGUGGCGGAUGAGUUUCGUGGGGUUAAGAUUUGGUGGGAGGUAAAACAAGAAGUCAAAACAUCAAGAUCCUUCUAUAAUCCUCGCCAGGAGACCACGAUGUCGUACAUGCUCACGUUUCAUAAGAGAUAUCGUGACCUAAUCAUUGAGUCAUAUUUGGAGCAUGUUAUGAAGGAAGGGAAGGAAAUUGGUGUGAGGAAUCGGCAGAGGAAGCUCUACACGAAUUGUUCUAAUGAAAAGUCGCCAUGGUACAUGAUGAAGCGAAGCAUGUGGAGUAGCAUCUUUUUCGAGCAUCCAGCUAGCUUUGAAAGAAUCGGUAUGGAUCCAGAGACGAAGCAGGAGAUUGUUGACGACCUGUGGACUUUCAGCAAGAGUAAGAACUAUUAUGAAAAGAUUGGGAAGCCAUGGAAGAGGGGUUAUCUUCUCUAUGGCCCUCCUGGGACAGGGAAGUCAACGAUGAUUGCAGCAAUAGCAAACCUGUUGGACUAUGAUGUCUAUGAUCUUGAGCUCACAGCAGUGAAGGAUAAUACGGAGCUGCGAAAGCUUUUGAUCGAGACUACUGCUAAGUCAAUCAUCGUGAUCGAGGACAUCGACUGCUCACUUGAUCUUACUGGUCAAAGAAAGAAGAAAACAAAGAAAUCUUCAGAUGAUGAUGAUGAGAACGAAAUUCCCGAGAAAGGUGCCAAGGAAGAGGAGAAAAGUAAUAAGGUCACACUUUCUGGGCUGUUGAAUGUUAUCGAUGGACUGUGGUCUGCUUGUGGGGGAGAGAGGCUGUUUAUUUUUACUACAAAUUUUGUGGAGAAGCUGGAUCCUGCACUCAUAAGGAAAGGUAGAAUGGACAAGCAUAUUGAGCUCUCUUACUGCAGUUUUGAGGCAUUCAAGGUGCUCGCAAAGAAUUACCUGGAUCUUGAAAAGCAUCCAAUGUUUGACACAAUACAGAGGUUGAUCGGGGAGACGAAGAUCACACCUGCUGAUGUUGCAGAGAACCUUAUGCCAAAGUCGUCAUCAGAUGAUGCAGAUAAAUGCCUAUUGAAGUUGAUACAGGCUCUAGAGCAAGCAAAGGAAGAAGCAGCAAAGAAGAAAGAUGAAGAAGAGAAACUGGAAGAGUAAGAAGGAUCAAAGAAGAAAGAUGAAGAGGUGAAAGUGAAAGAUGAAGAUCAAACAGCAAAGAAGAAAGAUGAAGAUGUGAAAGUGGAGUAGAAUGAACCAACCAGCUUGCUAGAUUUACAUUGCAUAAUUUAUUGCAGAAGUGUUCGCCAUAACCAAAAAGAACGAAAAAAGUGUUCUACAUGCAUGUUUAAUUUGUAUAGGAAGUCGUCUGGGAAGUGUUCACCAUUACAAAAAAAAAAAAAAAAAAGGUGUUCUCCAUGUUGAAUUUGUAUAGUAGGUCCUGUACAUGUGGUAUGGUGUGUAUUGU